AUGCCUCGAGUACCGAUUGCCAGUGAAGAUGAAAGAAAAUUUAUUGUUGAUGGAAUACAGUCAAAUUUUCGAAAUGAUGGUCGAAAUUGUCGUACCUAUCGUCCAUUAUUACUUGCAACUGAUGUUAUAAAUACUGCCAAUGGUUCAUGUCUUCUUAAAUUAGGUGGAACUGUAGUUAUGGUUGGUGUUACAUUUGAAUUUAGUCGUGCAAGUCAAGAAAAACCAAAUGAAGGUCGAAUUGAAGCAACUGUUGAUGGGUAA